AUGAGUAAAGAUAAUUCAACUGACGGGGAGGUUGUUACUUCUCGACAUGACAGGAAUGCACCACAAGCAGAGACUCAGAUUGCUCCUGAAUCCAGUAUAAUUCAGAAGGCUGGUGCUGCGUUAGAUGUUCUAAGGGAAGUCCUUGGUGCCGUUGAUGCUCAACAUCCUGAGGAAGCAAAGGAUGAGUUUACCCUGGAUCUUGUGGAACAAUGUUCAUUCCAAAAGCAACGAGUAAUGCAUCUUGCAAUGACUUCUCGUUUAUAUGAACUGUGGCUGUGA